AUGUUUAAGACACUGGAGACAUUUGACACUGAAUUUUCAGCAGAUUCUGUGGAAUGGUGUCCAAUUAAAGGCUUCAAGGACUUGUUUGUCUGCGGUACUUAUCAAUUAUUUCCUGAAGAAAGUUCCGACAGUUCGGUAACUAAAUCUUCAGGUCAGAAACGAUUGGGAAGAAUUUUUUUAUUCAAAAUUAGGGCGCCAGGAAAAUUGAAGUUACUUCAGCAGCUGGAGGUCCCAGCGGUUUUGGACAUGAAGUGGGCACAUGUGAGGUGUCAAGAUAAAAUUUUACUGGGCGUAGUCAAUUCUCUGGGAUUUUUGCAAGUAUUUAAACUUGAUGAAGAUGAAGGGAAGAUUGAAUUGCUUGUAGAGACUAGUGUGAGUAGCGAGGAUCCAGUGCUGGCAUUGUCCUUGGAUUGGAGCACUGGCAGAGGGACAAAUGGUCUAGAUGUCAAAAUUACCGUGAGCGAUUCAAAGGGCUACGUUUCCCUGUUUUAUUUUGGUCAAAGUAAACUCGAGUGUCUUUCAUCACAAGAAGCUCAUGAGUUCGAAGCCUGGAUCACGGCAUUCGAUUAUUGGAACACUGAUGUCAUUUAUUCUGGAGGAGAUGACUGCAAAUUUAAAAAAUUCGAUUCAAGAGAAGGACUACAAGUAAUUGGAACCAAUAGGAGCCACGAGGCUGGAGUUACGAGUUUGCAUUCCAAUGCGAUGGAAGAAUUUUUUUUAGCCUCUGGAAGUUACGAUGAAACGUUACGACUAUGGGACACCCGGAACUUCCGAAGACCGGUAUCAGAAAUAAAACUCGGAGGAGGAAUCUGGCGUCUGAAAUGGGACCCAUUUGACUGCAGAUAUUUGUUGGCCGCCUGCAUGUACAGCGGGUUUCGUAUCAUUGAUUGCCAGAGGAAAGACGAUCCCCAGGUGAUUGCCGAGUAUCAUGAUCACCAGAGCAUCGCCUACGGUUGCGACUGGUCUUUUUUAACGGGAGAAAAAGUUACCGAAAUUCUGAGUCUGUCAGAAAAUCAGAUGACAGUUCACACGUCACUUGCAGCCACAUGCUCAUUUUAUGAUCACACUCUAAAAUUGUCUUCAAUUAAAUUUGAAAAUUGA